AACAAAAAUUUAUAGUGAAAAUUACGUUUUGAUAUUAAAAAAUUAAUUAAACCUAAUUAUACACUAUUUUGGUUAUAUGUACGUUAUUAUUAUUAUUAAAUAACUGAUAACUGUGCAGAUAUUAAAAAUCUAGAUAAGCAUCUAUUGUUCUAAAUACGUUACCGAUAAAUCAAGCCUGAUAAUUCAAUCUGGUGUAUUGUUAGUUUCUCGGUGAUUUUAGUCUAUUUAAUUUACCGUCAUCCUUUAGCAUGCAAUCCCAUCGCCAGGCCUUGCUAUUGUCCUCUUCAAACUGUUAUGGAUAUUCAAUGCUAGAAUUUGCUAAACAAGAGAUUUGCUCUUUCUUAGAAAAAAAUAAUGUGAAGAAGUUGCUUUUUAUCCCCUAUGCUCAAAAUGAUUACAAUAAAUAUACUGCAAAAGUAAAAGAAGUAAUAGAUCCAUGGGGUAUCGAGGUGAUAGGCAUACAUACAUACAAAGAUGCAAAAGCAGCUAUUCACGACAAUAAAGCUAUGUUUGUAGGUGGUGGUAACACAUUUUUACUACUAAAAAGAUUAUAUGAAAACAAUUUGGUCGAUUUGAUUAGACAAAAUGUGCAUAAUGGCAAUUUACUAUAUAUUGGAAGCAGUGCUGGUACAAAUGUUGCGACAAAAAGCAUUCACACAACAAAUGAUAUGCCGAUUGCAUAUCCACCAACUUUUGAUGCCAUCAAUAUUGUUCCUUUCAAUAUUAAUCCUCAUUAUACUGAAAUAGAGAAUGAGAGUCAUAAAGGAGAGACAAGAGACCAAAGAAUUAAUGAAUAUUUGGAACAAGAGUAUGCCUCACCUGUGCUUGGACUAAGAGAGGGUUCAAUUCUAAAGGUAGAUAAGAACAAAUUAGUGUUAAAAGGGGUUGCUGGCGCUGUUUUAUUUGAAAAAAGCCUCAAGAAGACUGAAAUUGCUGUUAACACUGAUGUAUCAUUUUUGUUAAAUAAACAAUAAUUCUUACAGAAAUCAAAAGAAGUAUUAUAUUUCUUACAUAGAUUUUUAUUUUUGACUUAAUAAUCAA